GGCAGAUUUGCUAUUACUCAAUGUUCCAGCAAUACAGAAAUAUUCCCCAUCUGUUAUCAAUUGGAAAACAUUUGAACAGUCCAGUGUAACCAAGAAAAUCUACUAUUCUGUAUAUGACAUGUUAAUAUGAAGAUAUGGUAUUGCUUCUUCAAGCCAGUUCAAUCCUACAUAAAUAGCCUGCACAGUGCAAAUCCACACUGAGUUCAUUUUGUUUGAAGAGGAGAGAUCCACCAUGUUUCUCCAGAGGAACACUUACCUUGUAGCCUUUUUGCUUUGCUCUUUGACUGCUUGGUGCAAAAUGGCGUCUGCAGGAUCCAGUUAUCUCAGCCCUUCUCAUAAGCCUCAGAUGAGGGUGAAAUCCAGAGUUGGCCGUCAAACUGGUGAAGGACCUGGUCAACCCACAGCAGACAAUGACUUCCAAAUAUCUGCUCCAUUUGAGCUCGGCUUCACUUUUAACGAACAUGACUUUGAGAAUUAUGGAGCUACUACAGAGAUACUUCAGCGUAUUCUUAAAAAUCUGCUUGGAGAAGCUGCACCUUCAGGUCCAAACAACUGACAAACAUGUUAACCAUACUCUUAAUGAAUUAAACCUACCUUUUCUGCAUUUAUUGAUUAUUCAGAUGUUAGAUUUAUAACUUCAAAAUACUGUCAAAUCAAAAUAAUAAAUUAACCAUUGCUAUAGGCUACAUUAACUUCUAUUGGCUUCGUCACUAACAGUUCAUGUAUUGAUGUAUGUUGUAUUCUUUGUGCUAAUAGCAAAGCAUUAAAAUCUCUGUUGAGCAGCACGAAUGAGUAAUCUUAUUUUUGAAUCUUUUAAAGUACCUCUUGUCCUUUAGUUUUAAAUCACUUCUAAAUAAUCAAACUACAAACUAAUAUUUUAGAUCUAUUUAUUUGUUUUGAAGGUGCAGUGUGUAAUGUUUCUGGUGGGAGCCAAGCACCUGCUUGUUUCCAUGGAGAUCUAUCGCUUUUGCCUAGAAUGUUCCACAGUAUGACAUCAAAAUUAUCUUACAUUUAUUCAAUUAUCACUGUUUUUUGCUCACUUGUAAAUUGGCCUGGUGUCGUCACCUGCUUGUUUGUCCUCAUGGAAAUAUAUACUUAUAUAUAUGUAUAUACUGUAUUUAAUAUAUAUUUAAUGCCACAAUGUGAAACCUUCAUUGCAAGGCAAUAAGAUAUAUAUACAAAAUUAGCCUGCGAUAAACAGUACACAGUAACUCUAGAUGUUUCUAAGCAUCCGGUUCUAAUAAUACAGAAUCAAGAAAGUGGGUCAAAGCAGCGAUGCCUCAUUCAUUGCACGCAUAACCCUUUUACAGGUAUUUCUGUCCUGAGAGGUCUUUAUUAUCUGAAAUAUACAUCAUCUGUACGAACAGUGACCCAUUUCCAAAGAAAUCUCUGCAGUGUGAAAUGUCCAUUAAACUUGUCAAAAGCUGAAGCAAACAUCUUCCCAGGUUUGUUCAGAAACUUUAAGUGGCCUCUUCGACAAAAAUGUCACUCAAGUUCUUCAAAUAAAUAAAAAGCACAUCAGAAAAUUGAACCCAUUUCCCAUGAUGCUUUUAGAGAGAGAGCAACCCCACAUUCCAGCUGUGUAGAGUGGUAGUAAUGGAGUAUUUAUGGUUUCAGUGUCCUGAGGAGACAUUUUGAGGGAUUUUCACCGU